CAGUCAGCACAUGUUCUAGUGCAAACCUGACACUACAUGACAUUAGGCAUGAAAACAAACCCAGAGGAACCAUCCAUGUUAUCGCACAAUUGAGAUGAGACACUCUGGCUCAGAAAUGUGCGAGACCUAAACACAGCUUGAGGUUAGUUCAAGUGCUUUAAAUCUGUAUGAGUAAACCACUCACAGGAAAAGAGAGUCAGGAAGUCAUAAACAGUGAAGACUGUGAUUUUAAGAGCUGUAACAAGAUGAUGAAACAGAGAAAAACAGAGGUCCUUUUUGGCUGGUUCUUAGCCUUCUGGCUCUCUUCAGUUGUCAACAGUGAAAUCACAGAUAAAGUGGAGCUGAGAACCAGUGCUGAGGUAAAGGCUCAGUGUGAUCAGAAUGUGGCCCUGCAGUGUGACAUCAUCUCAUCGAGGCCACUCAAGAUCAUUCUCUUUUCCUGGGUAGACUCAAGGGAAAUGAAAGAGCUGUGUGUGGUCAAUGCCACUGGUGUAUUCCCCUCUCCUGGGGUCCUGUGUGACAACACAAACAACAGCCUCACACUCACUUUGACUCAGGUGAUGCCGUCCAGUCAGAGUAACUACGUCUGCAAACUGCGCUCCAACCUAUCGAUCACAGCUGCCAGUACCACUGUGACACUGCAAGAGUGCCUAAGGACAUCUGAGCACAAAGUAUUCCAGAAUGAGUCUCAGGUUGAGUGCCAGUUCUUUGGAGUUUACCCAGAAGGCACAGUACACUGGUUCCUGGGCUCUGAGAAUAUAACAGAGUCCGCCAGCACAGAAAGCCAGCAGGAUGAAGACGGGCUGUUUGAUAUAAGGAGUACCCUUCCUACCCAGGCUGGGACUGAGCCUUACAACUGCUCCCUGUGGAUACCUAGUAGUGGAACCUACAGCUCUCACAAACUGCUGCCCUACUCCAGAGGGGAGGAUCGUAUCUCUUCAGGGACAAGGACUAGGAGCAGACUGAUGUGGGUCUUCAUCCUGGUUGGACUCAUACUCAUAACAUAGGACUACUCAUGGGAAGGUCAGGAGGUUUUUUACUGAACAUGGGACGUCGAACUACAGUAGGGCAAAGGGCUUUCCUGGUCAGGGCACAUCUACACAGGAUGGACCAGGGCCUUUCUCUCACUGAGUGAAGAUAAAUCAAACCUGGACUGCCAUGGCCAAAGUGGAUAUACAGUAUGUUAACUUUUUAUACUGAGAAGCAAAAUAUCAAACAAAUUACAAUAAAUACAAUUGCAUUUUAAACUGAAAAUCACUGUUCAUUGAGAUUUGAGAAUACUUUAAGAAGUAUUCAUCCAUUCUCAUCUUGUUCAUCCUUUGUCUUCAACGUUGUACGCUUGCUUCAAUUGCAUUGCAUACAGUGGGGAAAAAAAGUAU